AUGCAUCGUCUUUUUGCUGAGCUGGAGCCAUCUUUAACCGUCACAGAGCAAAACCUGCCAGACCGAGUUCGGUAUAUCUUGCGCUCAAAUAUAUUUGAUGUCGCCGAACUCGAACGGCUACGACGUGAGGCUGUUCCCUCGUCGGACGAGAAUGCUACGGCUGAGGAUGCGGCACCACAAAUGGUAGAGCAACCCGCAAACGUGAAUACCCCAGUUGUGGUUGAUUCAAACGAUGAUGGAACAGUCGCCCAGGAACUGGAAUUAGAGCAUAUGAGGAGUACAUUGGAAGAGGCGAUUGUGGAAACGCGCAGUACGCCUCUCGAAAAUCGACCGCGACUUCCCCGCAUAGCCCUAAGCAAGCGGAAUCGGGCUGUUGUGAGGGCUCUGAACCCAAUGCUGGUGACCUAUUUGGAAGCCAGCCGGGACCUUUGCGAGACGGACUCAAUUCUUUUUGGCGCCGCGCUGGCAGUCUGCCGUAUCAUAGGUGCCAAGGUUUCCACGGCUGGACGUGCUACUGGUCAUAGUAGCGCUAUCCCAGCAUGGAGAAGAAGAAUUAAGGAACGUAUCGCAAAGGCUAGAGCUCUCAUCGGCAGACUGAUAUGCUUCAGGUCAGGCAAAAACAGGCCAAGAAUUGUGCGCACCGUCAGGAUGGCGUUUGCUGGGACAAAUGUCAGUUUGUCCCAGCCGGAUAUAACGCAAAAACUGACGGAGCGCAUAGAUGAUCUGAAGCAGAGAAUCGCUGCUUGGGGAAAGCGGAUUCGGCGAUAUACCGAGAGGUCGACACGGUUCAACCAGAAUCGUCUCUUCCAGAGUGAUCAGAAGAGGCUCUAUGAAUCAUUGGAGCGACCAAUGGUAAGUGGAACGGGUCCAGCACUGAAUCAGGCCGACACUGUAGCAUUCUGGCGCGGCCUGUGGUCAGAACCCGUAAACCACAGCGAGGGUCCUUGGACGGAAGUUGUGGCGAGUCAGUGUGCGGGUAUUACGCCCAUGGAUCCCGUCAUCAUAACGCCGGAUGACGUAGCUGAGGCGGUCCGUAGGGCCCCGAACUGGAAAAGUCCGGGGCUUGACGGGCUGCAUCACUACUGGCUGAAGGGGUUCAUGGUGUGUCACUCUGUGCUCGACCGACAGUUUCAAGAGGCUCUCAACCAGAAGUCGCUCCCAAGCCUCUUCACUACUGGGAUCACUCAUUUGGUUCCUAAAGACCAGGGAUUUGCUGCAUUCUUAUAA